AUGGCAUGCGUGCUCCUCUUCAGUCGACUUCUUCCCUUCUCACAUCGGCUCACAAGAACAUCCAUCUGCUUAUUAUCCCUUUUCCUAUCAUAUUUGUGCUACUGUGCACUGUUUCCUGCCGAUACCAUCAUGCAACAUUCAGGUGAUCCGACGCCCAGCUGUCAGCGCGUCCUGGCUGAUGGAGCCAAAAAGCGCAUUCAGAAAUCGCUAUCUUGCGUUUUGCCGUUGGAUGCGAGACCGAGUAGUGUUGAGGCAUCUCGGCUGAAAACCGACCAAAGACCUCCUUCGACUGUCCACAACGUUGGGAACGACACGCCCAGUCCCCCCAUGGGCAACUUAAAGUUUGGGAAUAAAAAGUUACCAAAUGCCAUCAUAGUUGGGGUGAAAAAAGGAGGAACCAGAGCUGUUCUGGAGUUCAUAAGAAUUCAUCCCGACGUACGAGCGGCUGGUACCGAGACGCACUUCUUUGACAGGAACUAUGAUAGAGGACUGGAGUGGUACAGAGGUUUAAUGCCAAGGACUCUUGAAAGCCAAAUCACGAUGGAGAAGACACCAAGCUACUUUGUGACAAAAGAGACACCGCACCGGAUCUCUGCCAUGUCCCGAGAUACCAAGCUCAUUGUGGUUGUGCGUGACCCCGUCACUCGUGCAAUAUCAGACUACACUCAGACUUUAUCCAAAACCCCUGACCUGCCGACCUUCCAGGAGCUGGCCUUUAGAAACCAGAGCCUGGGCAUUGUGGACACAUCGUGGAACGCCAUUCGGAUCGGCCUAUAUGUUCUGCACCUUGAAAACUGGCUCCGCUACUUCCCUCUGGCUCAGAUCCACUUUGUGAGUGGAGAGCGUCUUAUCACAGACCCAGCAGGGGAGUUGGCUCGGGUGCAAGACUUCCUUGGGUUAAAGCGCAUUGUGACAGACAAACACUUCUAUUUUAACCGCACCAAGGGCUUCCCUUGCCUUAAGAAGCCAGAGAGCAGCGGCUCGCCCCGCUGCCUGGGCAAGUCCAAGGGCAGAACUCAUGUGCAGAUAGACAGAGAUGCUAUUGAGCAACUGCGAGACUUCUAUAGACCUUACAAUGUCAAGUUUUAUGAAAUGGUGGGUCAUGAUUUCAAGUGGGAGUAG